AUGAGCGAUAUAAUGUCACCGGCGGUCGAUUCCGAUUCGAAAUUGGGAUCAGAUCCAACCAGUCGAAUUGCCGAAGUGAAGGAAUGGUUGGGAUCCGAAUUCGGCAGGGCCGGGAAAGAAGUUCCCGAUUUUGAGUACACCCCUUUUAGCGUCUCUCAUUUGCACAAUCUCUGCAAUCUCUCCCAAGCAAAGACACGCGCCGCCGAGAUUCUGGCCAAAGACUUCCGCCUCAAGGCCGCCGAGUACCGCGCCCAAGCGGCGAGAAUCAGAGAGAUUUUGGAGAGCGUAGGGAUGGCACAGGAGAAUUUAUCCUCCAAUGUGGUUUCAUCGGCGCAAGUUCUUGCUAAUGUGGCGAAUUUGUUGAACAUUAGGGAUACUGAGCUCAGUAGCUUUCUGGUUGCAAUGGGGGAUAUUUCUUUGAGGAAAAUAAGUGUUGAGGAGAAGAGGGCAAAGGUGGAGAAGGAUUCUAAGGUUCUACUUGAUCAUACUCGAAAGGCAAUAGCUAGAUUAACAUAUUUGAAGAGAACAUUAGCACAACUAGAAGACGAUGUAGCUCCAUGUGAAGCUCAAAUGGAUAAUUGGAAGACAAAUUUAGCUGUAAUGGCUGCCAAGGAGAGGCAGUAUAUGCAGCAAUGUGCCAACUACAAGGCAAUGCUUAAUCGUGUGGGUUACUCACCAGAUAUUAGUCAUGGGAUACUGGUUGAAAUGGCUGAGCAUAGGAAAGAGUUGGAGAAGAAAACAAAGCCCAUGCUUGAUACUUUAAGGAGCUACCAAGAUCUUCCCCCUGAUAAAGCUUUGGCUGCUUUAGCAAUUGAGGACAAGAAAAGACAGUAUGCUGCAGCUGAAAAGUAUCUUGAAGAUGUUCUUCAUUCUGCACUCACCACGACACAGUAGCUUCUCUUCGACAGUCUAACGUUAUCGGUAGCGAUCAAGGACCAAGCGUUGAUUGAACCCCAUCACUAUUGUAGAUCUUCAUUUUUGUAUGUAUAUAGUUAACCUUUGUAUUGCAUCAUGGGGUGGUUAGAUGUAGCAAGAGUGACGCCAAGGGCUCGUGUUUUGAGAGAUCCUUCAUUAAACUGAAAUGUUUUUGUAUGUAAUAUUUAGUUUGAAUUUUAGCUCUGUUUGAAACUCUGGAAUCAUCUGGAUGUGUGUGGUGAGACACACUUGUUGUGUUGUA